GUUGCAAAAUUCAUUUGUUUGUUGGUUUUGGCGACUGUUCGAGGGCUGAGUAGCACUGUAGUGUUGUGUUUAACGUCAGGAGGACGGGUUCCGCGCUUGGGCAGGGGAUUUUCGAUCCUGACGUCGGAGGAUGGCGGCGGUAUGCGCUUUUACUUCACGCUGGCACCACUCUGCUGUGAAACUCCUGACGUUGCUAGUGCUUCAUACAGCGAAUGCCCAAACUGCUUCCAGCCACUUCUGCCAAACGGGUAAUGUCACGUGUCCACCUAAUUCACAUUGCAAGGGUAACAGUUCCGACUGCCUCUGCAACGCCGGUUUUACACAAGUGGAGGAUAAAUGCAUAGUUUGGUUUGGCGGUGCUGAAGAGCUGCCAGGGCAUGACAAUUGCAAAGCCAAUGAGUACUUCACCGUGCCAAGCGAUUACACGAUAGCCACCGCCUGGGCAGACUACGCGUAUGCAGAACGCGCCUGCUCCGACUUUGGCCUAGUACUGCCGCCAGUGAGCGUGGCAACGCGCUGCUUGCACGACUUUGUCUUCGGCCUGCUGCUGCCCGACUCGAGCCAACGGCACGAGAUGGUGUGGGUGCAGCGCGCCGACGGCACACUACUGCAGCGCAGCUCGCGUGGACACACGUACACCGCAUCGCGGACCGCCACCGCCAAGCUGGUCUGUUACAAUGGGUACAUCGUACCGAAGGAGAAUGCCAAAGAUCAUGAGGCAGAGCUAGAGACCCACGUGCAGCUACACAGCCAAAUCAAAAUAAAAAGCUGA